GCAGUCCGCAAUGGCCGCCUAUGGACUGGCUCUCGGGGAAGCGCAGAGCACUGCACCACGACAUUCAUACGAUGCGCAGGACGUGAUCCUCUGCGUGGGCGGUUGCGAGCAUGACAGCGCCGACUUCACAGCUCCCGUUACAAGCUCCGUGUACGCCUUCAGUCCAUCGAUCCCGGCCGUGUGGCGCCUGAAGGAUCUUCCCACUGACGGCGAAGGGUGCCGCAGCGUGUUGCUGGACGCCGCUUCGAUUCUCGUUUCCCACCAUCACGGCAUGCACAUCAUCCGGCGGGGCAGCCGCUACGUGAGCCUCCGUGACGAGUGGCGCGUGGUGGAACCGACGCCGCGCCGGGGGGCGACGCUUGCCUCGCUUAAUGGUAGCAUUUUUACGUCGCCGGUUGCUAUGAUGACGGCCCACUGACGUCUUUGGAAGUCUUCC